CCUGACGCCAUUCCUCUGCGACGGCGCGGGUCUGGAGCUUCCGCGCGGUGGCCUCGCUCUCCUGUAAAACGCUAGAGCGGCGACUUGUUGCCUGCGGCCUCUGACCUGACAGCGAAGGGGAAAGCGGCGAGAUGACUGACCGCUACACCAUCCAUAGCCAGCUGGAGCACCUGCAGUCCAAGUACAUCGGCACGGGCCACGCCGACACCACCAAAUGGGAGUGGCUGGUGAACCAACACCGCGACUCGUACUGCUCCUACAUGGGCCACUUCGACCUUCUCAACUACUUCGCCAUUGCGGAGAAUGAGAGCAAAGCGCGAGUCCGCUUCAACUUGAUGGAGAAGAUGCUUCAGCCUUGUGGACCGCCAGCCGACAAGCCCGAGGAGAACUGAGACUCUGCCUUACCACCGCUGUGCGGGGCACCUCUCCCAGCGUUCCUCCGGUUUGCCAAUCCUCUUGAGUAUUCCUGUCUCCAAAGGACCGGCUCUCCGUGGCUCCUGCGCCUCGUGCUUUCCGCGUACAGAAGUGCUUGCCCGGGGAGUCCCGCCUGACCUGCCUUCAUGCGGACUCUUAGAACAGCAUUGGGAGACCAGCAGGACUCCUGAGAACUGUGCUGGUGGAGAGGUCCUAGAGCCGGCAAGCGUUUGAGAAGAGGGCAUGGCGGUGGAGUGAGAUGGGAUUUGGCGUCUCGUUUUUGGCUAAUUGAUUGUCAUUGGCUUUUUCCAUAAAGUUUAGAAAUCGUUCAGUC